AGACCCAAGACCGGUCGGUCAAGACAUCCGAACGCCAAAGGUUACACGAAUAAGUAUCUCUACAUCGGGCACAGAAAUUACUAAUUUACCACAUAUCGUAUCUCCGAGAGAGAUGUACGCGCAACCCCCUUAGGCCCAAUCAAUCGGGUCAUACCGUUGACCGGUUACUUUAGUGCAGACCAAGAGGCGUUGAGGCGUCGUGGAGGAUUGUGGCAUCUGCAUUUGUGGCAAUUCUCCAGCGAAAAUCAUGAAUCAUCUAAGUAGCCCGGAGCGCUUGUAAUCGCAGCCUCGUCGGGGAUGUAAGCCAAUAUGGUCUAUGAGUAGGAUUUCCUCGUCAGAUUUCCAGAACAAUGUACUAUAUUAAGAUGUAAGAGCGUCGUUCGUAUCCAAGCUAGCCAAGCCAGGGCUUUUCUAGAGAGCGGUAAAUGGACAGGAGAGGAAAGGGAAGAAGAAUGGAAGGAUUUCUGCAUAUUGGUAUAGGCUUGUUUGAUAUCUUGUUUGCUCUACAUACCCCAGAUCGAAGCCAUGAAGAGCUGAGACGCCUAAGUUUUAGACAUGCCUCAAUUAUAUACAUAGAUGCGUAACCUGGAGGUCUUCUCAUGCCUCCCAGUGUCUUACCCAUCAAGUCUUCCCAUAGAGUGCUCAGCAGAAUUACCAGAAUGGCGACAGCCUCUCCAACACCCGCAUUACCACCCCCUCCAGGAGUAACUUCCAAUUUCGUGAACCCGGAGUCCCUUACCGACGAGAACAACAUCGCUAUGGGAGUCUCUAUUCCCCUGAUAACGAUAUCCUUCUUUCUUCGGGUGUAUGCUAGAAUUUGGAUCAGGAAAACAUGGGUUUUCGAAGAUUGGCUUGCUUUGACUGCUUGGGCAAGCACGGUAUCCCUCGCUGGAGUCGGCGCCGCUACUAUGGCGAACUAUGGAGGGAGGCAUGAAUGGGAUAUCACGCGAGAACAGGCCAUACAAGCAGCAUAUUGGUUUAACGCCACCACCGUCAACUAUGGCAUCGCUAUAUGUAUUACCAAACUUUCGGUUCUCUGGUAUUAUCGUCGUAUUUUCUCUCCGUCCAGGGGCAGGCCUUUCGAUAUCAGCAUCGUCUGCCUCAUCGUCCUACUCAUCCUAUUUUACAGCUCGACGACCUUAGUUAAGAUAUGGGGGUGUAUUCCAAGGGCCAAGAUCUGGGACAACGAUAUACCCGGGUCUUGCAUCAACACUCCGGUGCUGCUGGACACUAGUGGGGUGUUCAAUACGUUGACAGACGUUAUAAUGCUCCUGCUCCCGGUGAAAGCAGUCUGGAAUAUGAAGUUGAAGCUCAGGCAAAAGGUGCUCGUCAUUUGUGUCUUCACAUUUGGUUUAUGUGCCCCGAUAUUCAGCGUUUUGGGCCUUGUAAUUCGCCUAGAGGGGAAUAAUAACAACGACAAAUCUUGGAUACAGCCAAAGAUUAUAAUGUGGGGUCUUGCCGAGACGACAACCGGCAUGCUCUGUGUGAGCUUUCCGGAGUUGGGACCCAUUAUAAGAAGAACAAAGCGCGCUACGCCCAGCGAGAGUAUCUUGAAUGGCCAGUAUCUCUCCGAUGAUAGGUCACAUCCACGGCAAGGCAGUCACGGAUUCUCUACGGUUAUUUCCCAAGGCAUGAUGAAGCUAGAAAGUGAUCCUUAUAUCGAGUUAGACGAACGAGAUAUAUAUCUGGCUCAACACGCAGCUAAGACUGAUCAUAUUCGCGCUUGGCAACAACCAGGAGAGAUUACUGUCACUCAGGAGGUCACUGUGGACUCAUACAAGAGAGAUAGUGAAGAUCAGCCAACAUAUUGA